CCUGAACUGAGAUGCCACAGUGAACCUCCUCACACAACACAAGUCAACUGAAAACAAUCUGUGUUGACAGCAGCUCUUCUCUGUGAGGAACAGGGUAGUAGCAGGAGCGUGAGAGGGAGGAGGGAGUAAAAGUCUGAGAGAGAACGAGAGAGAGAGAGAGAGAGAGCGAGAGAGACUUGUGCACUGAGACCCAGCCUCAGCCUCAGCCUCUAUUGUGGUAAGCAGGCAAAGGAAGGCGUAUUAGGAGAAGACUUUUAAUCCACAAGCACAACACUAGUAACUGUUGUAGAGACCCCCGAAAUCGGAGGACAAGGCAACAUGGAGGAGGACUUGGAUGAGGGACAGACCCAGAAGGGAUGUAUGGAGUGUUGUCUCAAAUGUCUACGGGGCAUCCCUUAUCCUUCCCUGAUUGCCACCAUCCUGCUGUAUGCUGGGGUGGCGCUCUUCUGUGGAUGUGGACAUGAGGCUCUUUCUGGAACGGUCACCAUCCUCCAGAACUACUUUGAGGUGAUCAGGGCACCUGAAGAUGCCUUGGAUGUCUUUACAAUCAUUGAUAUUAUCAAGUACGUGAUCUAUGGCAUUGCCUCUGCGUUCUUUGUGUAUGGCAUUCUUCUGAUGGUAGAAGGCUUCUUCACCAGUGGAGCAAUAAAGGACCUGUAUGGAGACUUCAAGAUCACCACCUGUGGACGCUGCAUCAGUGCAUGGUUCAUCAUGCUGACGUACAUCUUCAUGUUGGCUUGGCUGGGUGUGACAGCAUUCACCUCUUUGCCUGUCUUCGUGUAUUUCAACAUCUGGACCAUUUGCCAAAACAUGACUGCCCUGGAGGGAAGUUUAUGUCUUGACCCACGCCAGUUUGGUGUUGUGCCCAUUGGAGAGGAGAGGACUGUGUGUGCAAAAUCUGAAAAAUUCAACAAAAUGUGUGCAUCAAAUGAGCUGGACAUGACUUUCCAUCUGUUUGUCUGUGCACUGGCUGGGGCUGGAGCAGCUGUUAUUGCAAUGAUUCACUAUCUGAUGGUGCUGUCUGCCAACUGGGCCUAUGUGAAGGAUGCAUGUAAAAUGCAGAAAUACGAGGACUGUAAGUCCAAGGAGGAGCAGGAGCUGCAUGACAUCCACUCCACGCGCUCCAAGGAACGACUCAAUGCCUACACAUAAGACAGAAACAGCAGCGAGGGCGAGAGGACCCUCAGUGCUUUCACUUUCUGUUGAAGGGAGUUUUGGCACUGGUGUAGUCCAGGUGGUGUGUCAUAUGACCAACCCCAUGGCCAACCCAUUACCUCUGGCACAAACGUUAUUAUUAUUAUUAUUAUUAUGUAGAGCUAGAAGUAGUGUUGUAGGUUUUUUCACAUUGUUGUAUUUCUUUUUUUUUUUUAAAGAAAUUGUGCAGGUUUUUCCACCUCACAAAACUUUUUGAAUAUAUUUCUCUUUUUAAAAUUUUUUACCAUCAGUACAUGAAUCAUUCUUACAUAUAUGGUCAGUUUUCUAAUUUUUCAUGUGUGUUUGUCACUUGAAAUGUCAUUAUCAAAGACAUAAAGCAUGAAAAAAAUGUUGGGUAAAAAAGUAAAUAAUUCUCUCUCUCUCUCUCUCUCUCUCUCUCUCUCUCUCUCUCUCUCUCUCUCUCUCUCUCUCUCCCUAUCUUUCUCACCU